AUGCAUUCCUCAACCAUUUUCACGGUCGCCAUUGCUGCUUUUGGCUUCUUUGGCGAAGCUUCAGCGUACUGCAACUGGAAUAAGAAGACUGUCGAGAACUGCUGUUAUCGCGAUAACGACGCAAGAGUCAGGCAAGGCGGUUAUAUUAACUUCCCGCAAGGCACAAUCUGCCCUGAAUCCCACUCGAAUACCUGUGGCGCGGACUGCUGCACCUUUGAUACUGGUCUGGGUAUCGGUUGCCCCAAGUAUAUCAGCGACUUGCAAGAAAAGCUGGCCGCAUCCGAGCGGCGAGCAUCUUUGAUGGUCUCACAAGACCCGCCAUUGGAUCAACAAGCAAACAACAAAACGCUAGAAAUCCCUGGUGAUGCCACUGAGAGUUAUCUUUCAACACAGGACCGCACAGUGGGAAACAUUUUCCCCAUUACGCCCUCAUCUUCGACUGUACUCGCUUCAUCUCUUGGCGUCCAUGUGCCCACAAACGAGGCACCGCUCACAAAUCCACUAGCUUUCCAUACAAUUGACUGGGUUCCGGGUCCUAGUGGUACUCCCGUAUUUAUGGGAACGUCUUCCAAUUGGGCUUUCAACCGACGGGUCUUAUCUAUGACCCAUGAAGCAAUCACCGGCACUGCUUUAUCCCCAGAGAACCUAUUCUUUGACGGAAAGGUUUACGACUUGAGGUGGGAUGGAGGCCGAAUCUCAUCUUCAGGGGACGAUUUCAGCCUUGCCAGUUUGCCGACUCAGGAUUUUGCAAUCUAUCUGAUUAAUUCCGUCAAAUUUCACUGCUGCCGGUUGUUCUAUCUGUUUGAAGAGGACAGUUUCAUGGAGCACUUUGCCACAUUCCAUGCAAGUGCCGCGGAUCAGUCAAAAGUCCCCCGGCUGUGGUUCGUUCACUACCUCAUUAUCUUAGCAUUCGGCAAGGCGUUUAUCGUACAGACAUCAAAGUCACACCAACCUCCUGGAGCAGACCUGUUUGUGCAAGCUAUGAAGCUUAUGCCGGACUUCACCUUCUUCGAGUGUGACUACAUAGAAAGGAUGCAGGUUGGACAGGCGCUUAGCACAGCGUUCGAACAUGGCCUACAUACCGAGAUGCAGAGUCACCACCUAGACGAGACGUAUGUUCAGAGGUGCAGGCUAGUAUGGUGGACAAUAUAUGUCUUGGAGCGUCAAAUGUCAGCACUCAUGGGAGUGCCUAUGUUCAUCUCGGAUGAAUGCGUCUGCACACCGUUCCCCAUAUUUUACGAGCAAGCACAAAGAACCAGCGCUUUGCACAUACAGAUCAAGUUGGCGCAGGUACUGGGGCAGAUCCAUCAGACUGUUUAUGGCAUUGAAGGACAGCUCGACAGUCGCUACUUGGGUGCCACAAAGGCUGUUCUCCAAAGUAUAGCAGGCCUCGCUACCGACCUCCAUGGUUUGUUUGACAUCGACUCCAGUGAGAACACAUCAGGAGUCUCCCGUGUCUCGGCACAUUUGCAUCUCCAGUACCACCAAGCCGCUAUUAUUCAUAUUCCUACAGUCCAAACUCGGGCAAUCUGA